AGGAAGGAAGGAGGAGGAGAAGGAGGGACGGAAGGAGGAAGAGAGACAACUCUGUCCCCCCCAAAAGAAGGAGGUUGGUGGACAGGAGAAGGGAGGAAAGUGUAGAAGAGCAGCAGAGGGUGUUGCAGCCAUGAUGUCGGACACACCUUUGCAGAGGAAUGGCACGGCAACAAUACGGAUGUCGUGCGAGGAGGCUCAGCUCCACAAGGAGAGGUUGCAGGCAUUGGCGGAAAAGCGAAAACGUCAAACUGAAAUCGAGGACAAGCGAAGCCAGCUCGAUGAUUUGGUUUUACAGCUGCAACAUGUCAAGUCCAAAGCCAAGCGGGAGCGAUGGCUCCUCCAGGGAGUGGCAGCGGAGGAAGAAGAGGCUCGGAGACAACAGUUGGACCAGGAUGAAGAACACGGCAAGAACCUGGAAGACAUGAUUCACAGGCUUGAGUCAGAAAUCAGCCGACUUGAGAGUGAAGAGUCUCAGAUCUCAGCUAAAGAACAAGUUCUCCGAGAACGCUUGAAGGAGACCGAGCGUUCAAUUGAGGACCUGCAGAAGAGUCUGAUGGUGCAUGAUGGAGAGACCACCGGCUGGCCGUCCGCUCCUCUGUCGGACCACACGGACCUCCAUCAGCCCCACCACCUCAUCUCCACCUCGCUGCCCCACGCCAGCACACCUGUGCCUGGGGAGAAGGCUGCUGGCACACCUGCAGCCAUGUUUGCGAUGGAGACGCAGGUGCAGCGUGACCCUCACAGCGUCCUGUCGGCCAAUGGCGUGAGUCGCUCCUCAGAGGCGGGGGCCCGCGGCGUCAAAGUCUACGACGACGGCAGGAAGGUGGUGUACCAAGUCUCCUCCGCCGGUGGCGUUUCCACCAGCUCCUUGGAGAACGGCUGGAGCUCCUCGCAGGUGGAGCAUCUCCUCCAUCGAGCAUCCGGAGCGCUGGGCGACACCAAAGGUCAAGUGUCGGUGACCCCUGCCGCCCCCUGCAUGUCACCAGCAGACGGCAAGGAUCUGUCCCCGCCUUCCUGCGCUCCGCCAUCCAUCCCGUCGAGCCCGCCCGCCCAGGUGGAGACCGGACCGGGCAUGAUGGCACCAUGCCAGGUUCCCAUCACCACGCAGCCCGGCCCCUCGCAGCUAAGCCCCACCCCCUCGCAGCCAGUCACCAUGGUGUUCCUGGGCUACCAGGACCUGGAGGACACCAGCGAGAGCAGGCGACUGCUGGGCUUGUUGGACGCCACGGUGAAGGCGGAGGUGGUCCUCAUCGACGAAGACGACGAGAAGUCUCUGAGGGAGAAGACGGUCACCGACAUGUCCCUCCUGGACGGCACCGCCGCCGACCUGGUGUCUGGGCGGCCCGCCACGUCUGAGGCCGCCAGCACGGAACUCUCGUCUGACAGCGCCGCCUCGCCCCCUCACCACCCCGACACCAACAAAGCCCCGCCUCCCGGCCUCACACCUGCCACAGGCCAUGGGGUUGCCGUGACAACAACAAAGGGCCAUCAAGCGGCAAUGCCGAGCAGACAUCCUCACACUGCCAUGAAAUUGUGGCAAGAUGACAGUGGCACAACAACAAAGGAGCGAACCUUGAAGACUGUCAGUUUCCAGGAAUCAGUCAGCAUCAUAACUGACGGACCACUCAUCAUGGAAGUGGAGAGCCAGCAGAUCCAGCAUGGCGGCCUCAGCAGACCCACUCACCAAGGCCUCAGCAGACCCACUGACCAAGGCCUCAGCAGACCCACUGACCAAGGCCUCAGCAGACCCACUGACCAAGGCCACAGCAGACCCACUGACCAAGGCCUCAGCAGACCCACUGACCAAGGCCUCAGCAGACCCACUGACCAAGGCCUCAGCAGACCCACUGACCAAGGCCUCAGCAGACCCACUGACCAAGGCCACAGUGACAGUGAGCUAGAACAGGAGAUUCGCUACCUGGACCAGGUGCUGGAUGCAGCCUCAGAAACACCCACCAAUGGAAGCUCCUCCCCCUCAUACACCACACCAGUUAGCAUUGAUGGAAAAUAUUCUUCUGUGAGUGUGUCCAAUUCAACUCCUGGAUAUCAGCAGCCAAUCACAGUGGAGGGGCCAAGACAAAGCACCUUCGUGCACCAGGACCACUUGGGGACAAAAACUAACGGACAUGUACCAAGGGAGGAAUCCAGCCACACCACUGCUAAGUUUGAGCUGAGAGCUUUUCAGGAAGACAAAAGGCCCGCAAAACUUUUUACUCCAGGAGAGGAGCAACAUGUCAGAGUGACCAGGAUACGGGAUUCUGAGGAGGUCCAUGAGUUGGAGCGUGAGCGCCAAGAGCUCAUCAAAGAUCAGGCGGUGAAGAAAAACCCUGGCAUUGCUCAGCGUUGGUGGAACCCUCCGCAAGAGGUUCCUUUGGAGGAGCAGCUGGACACGGAACAACUGGAGUCUCUGAAAAAGUACCAGGAGAGGAAACAACAGAAGCAUCAUCAAAGCUGUGCACACACACAGCCCCAGCUGACUGGACCCCCCACAUUGGUGACCCUUGACCCAGAGCUAAUCAGGAAGGAAGACAUUCUAGAAAAAAAGAUUGACUUCUCAUCUGCCCGGAAGCAAUUCCUGCAAGGGGAAGUGACCAAAACUUCUGUGGCUCCUCAUAUGUACUGCGCCAGGCCCUUCUCAAAGUCCGUGCCAAGGGGCAGCCAUGGGAGCAACAGCAUCGUUACAGAAAGGGCAGAGUGUAACGUGACCUGGUGUGAUGAUGGCGUUCCAGGAGAAUUUACCAGUGUUCGAGCUGUAAUGACAAAUCUCAGUGAUGAAGAGGAAGGCAAGAGCCACUUCCACCCAGAGGAGUCCGACUCGGGGUUGGAUGAGUUUUCAGUGCGCUCUCAGGACACAACAGUGUUUAGCUUGGAUAGUGUUUCAGACAGCGGAGCCUCACUUCCCCCGACUCCUCUGCCACUUACCCCAGUAUCACCGCCUACACCCCAGCCUACUACCCCAGUCAAUGGGCAAACCACUGGCAAUGGGGCUGAGGAGGAGCUGGAAUAUCAGGCAGAGGUACUUGUCCAAAAUGUCAUCCAAAAUGCCCUUUCCACCAAUGGAGGUGACUGGCAGUUGGAUUCUUCACAAAUGAGCAGCCCUGUGUCUUCAUCCUCAGCUUCAACAAGCAGCCCAGUGCCAGUUUCCUCUUCCCCUCUGUCAUUUGGGGAAUCUGACUGUCUCCAAGCCCCUGUGUCCUCCAGCCUUGCUACAUCUAACUCAUCCCGGUUGCCAGAGGCACAGGUUGCUUUCCCAGAGAAGCUGAUAGAAAGACAAGACCAGCAACAUUCAUCCAAUCCAACGCAGCCAUCUCCAACUCCUUCUCAACCUGUCUCUCCACCACAGAGACCCAAAGAGAGAGGACCCAGGAUCAAGAUCCAGUCGUCUUAUACCAGAGCGCUUGCUUCCUCAGCUCCAGUCACUGCUCCAGCUCCAUGCUCUGUCCCCAUAGCUUCUGUCCCCAGGCCGCCACCCGUCUGCCGUCCCCCUUCUCCUUCAAGCCCAGAAAAGUCGGACUUCAGCUAUUUCAGUAAAUAUUCCGAAGCAGCUGAACUUCGCAGCACGGCGGCAGCGACCAAAGGCCCUGAGGUGGAGGUGGCGAGCGGGCCGUUCCGCCUGCGCUCCAAGAAGCAACGUACAUUGUCCAUGAUCGAGGAGGAGAUCCGAGCAGCUCAGCAGAGAGAGGAAGAACUGAAGAAACAGAGAGAGGCUCAGCCUGUUAUCGUUCCUCAUGCCGGGAACGUUACCGGCAGCAGUCAUGUUCCUGCAAAAUCAGGACCGCGGAAAAGCAGCAUAAACCCGGCAGACAAGCUGAAGAGCAACAGCCUGCCAACUAGACUCACGCUGACCGCCAGAACAGCACCAGGAAAGAUCGAGAAGGUGCGAGCAGGACCGCCUGUGUCACCCUCACCUUCAGAAGGAACUCUGUCUGAUGCUGGCAGUGAGGACUCAGGAGGACCACGACCCAAAAACUUCAUGCAGACCCUGAUGGAAGACUAUGAAACACACAAGGUCAAAAGGAGGGAACACAUGGAGGACAACAGUGUGUUGGAGGCCACCCGUGUGACCAGGAGGAAAAGUGACAUGGCGGUGAAGUGGGAAGCAGGCAUCUAUGCCAAUGAGGAUGGACAAGAAGAAGAAGAAGAAGAAGAGGAGGAGGAGGAGGAGGAAGAAGAAGAAGAAGAAUAGGAGUAAAGAUGGAAUGGAGUAUUUAUUGAUGAUGAUCACAUGACCUCAGUUGGAUGGUGAAGGUGUGAACAGUUAUUAGCGAGUACGUCAGGUAAGCAGCAGGUGAUGCAAGAGACACUUGAAGGACUUGCAAAGUAUUCACAGACUUGGACUGUCAAUCAUCCUUGGAAUGAAUGAGUGAGUGAGUGAGUGAGUGAGUGAGGCUCAUGCAACAUGUUGUAUCUCCAUGACACGUGUGAUGAUGUCAUCUUUAGUCAUGCAACAUGUUGUAUCUCCAUGACACGUGUGAUGAUGUCAUCUUUAGUCAUGCAACAUGUUGUAUCUCCAUGACACGUGUGAUGAUGUCAUCUUUAGUCAUGCAACAUGUUGUAUCUCCAUGACACGUGUGAUGAUGUCAUCUUUAGUCAUGCAACAUGUUGUAUCUCCAUGACACGUGUGAUGAUGUCAUCUUUAGUCAUGCAACAUGUUGUAUCUCCAUGACACGUGUGAUGAUGUCAUCUUUAGUCAUGCAACAUGUUGUAUCUCCAUGACACGUGUGAUGAUGUCAUCUUUAGUCAUGCAAGAUGUUGUAUCUCCAUGACACGUGUGAUGAUGUCAUCUUUAGUCAUGCAACAUCUUGUAUCUCCAUGACACGUGUGAUGAUGUCAUCUUUAGUCAUGCAACAUCUUGUAUCUCCAUGAC